AUCUAUCCUUCUCUGUCUCUCGUUCUCUCUUUCUUUCUCUCUCUAUCUCUGUCUCCACCUUCCCCGAGCUUCCGUAUAUCGCGUGAAGGAAUAGACAACGUAGAAUUAGCCAUCUUUAAAAGCUUCCGUGCUACUUUCCGCGGACUUGUGACUCUAUAAGGAGAUGUCGUGCCGAUCAAAAACCGAAAUGGCAAGACCGUGUGCGUUGUAUGUCACCCUUCUCUCUUUCUCUCUUCCUCUCUCGAAAUCGCGAGCGCUGCUUUCGCCCAUUCUUUCGCGGGAACAGGACUUUGUGAAUUAUUACUAUAUGAGAAUAAUUAUGUUGUAUUAAAUUGAUUUUGUUGGUUGCGUGUUGAAGGAGCUUUCAUCGUCGAGAGAUGUUCCGAUUCUAAAAAUAUAUACCAGCAGUCGAGCUUAUGUGGUAAUUGGCUUGGAGGUUGUGGGGUAGCAUCAAGUGUUGCCUUGAAAAAUAUUGCCACUGACAAUAAUCGCUUCCAGAAGCUAAGAUCGUGACUUGCCAGCUUUAGAAAUGUCGAGCUAAGUUCGGAGAAGAUGUCUCAAUAUCUUUUGACAACUUAAAGGACAUACGAUUAACAUAUAAUUCAGCAAACGAAAAUUGUAAUAUUCUUCUGACAGAAUUAAAAUUCGUAUCCUUGAAAACCUAUAAUUAUGGAGACUAAAAUUCCUAUUUAUUUCAAUGUCCAGAUUCAAGACAACAGACUUGUUCCUUUAAAAAGCACAAUGUUACUAAAAAAUCUAUUCUAAAAGAUGAGAUGAUUCCAAAGCCUUGCAAAAGUAUUCUAAAGACAUAUGAUUAACAUAUAAUUCAAGAAACGAAAAUUGUAAUAUUCUUCUGACAGAAUUAAAAUUCAUAUCCUUGAAAACCCAUAAUUAUGGAAACUAAAAUUCCUAUUUAUUUUAACGUCAAGAUUCAAAAGACAACAGACUUGUUCCUUUAAACGUUACUAAAAAAUCUAUUCUAAAAGGUGAGAUGAUUCCAAAGUCUUGCGUCAUAUUCAAGUUCAGAAUGAAAUUAGAAGAAACACAAGCUGAAGAAAGUUCAAAGAACAAUCUAAAUUCAUCACCGACAUUUCGGCCUUCUUUUCAACUUUACUAUAACCGUUCGAGGAACUGUUUAUUGUCUUCGUUAUCGUUCCCGUUCACCAUCGAUUCUUCGACUAAACCGCUGACGCGGUUUCGCUAAAAAUUUGAUAGGGUUAAGGGCGGUUCCUCGUCUCGGCCUCGGCCAAGAAGAAGGCAAAGCCUGUGCUUAACCUCCUCUUCCCUCCCUCUCUCUCUCUCGUAACACUUUUCAGCCCUCGACCUCGUGGCCGAGGAUCGAUCUCCGUGACGUGCUGCGUGAGCACACCCUCGUGUAGAUGGAGAAAAAAAAGCGGCCGCUCGCGGUCGCGUUAAUAACUAAUAACGGCCGUAUGCAUGUUACACGUACGUGUAUGUAUGUGUAGUUGGCAGACGCCGACACGCGACGCCUUCCUUCUCUCGCCCUUUUUCCAGGGCGUCGCGACACUCGUACGCUUUUGCUACUCGUGCGAGCACGUGCCACGUGAACGUAAUCGAGUGACUCGCCGAGAGAGCGAGCUAUAUCCUCCCGGGGAUAGCAGGAUGGAAAAUGUUUGGUGGAUUAUAGUGCCGGAGACAAUGCUCCUCGAAUGUGCUAGAAAUCGCGAAAACAAAACGACCUUUCCUUCGAAAAAUAUUCAGGUGUGACCGAAGGAGGACCGAUCGCCAGCCGAGAAGGCAUGGCUAGCAGCACGGAAGACUACGGUUCCGAGCUGCAGGAGUUGCAGUGGAGAGGCGGCGGUACCACAACCGGAAGCGAUGCCACGCACUUCCUGCGCGGCGGCGGCGGCGGUUCUCAUCACUACCUGCGAAGCGGGACCGGCGGCUGCUACGAGGCCGAGGACCUCGAGUCCUCGAGCACCGCCGGCCGUCAUCAUAGCGGUCAGCAUCGCGGCUACUACAGCCCGCCCGGCACCAGCUACACCAUCGUCGAGAGGCCGCCCAGCGCGCCCCAUCAUCACUCGUCGCACGCGACCCCCUACAGAUCCCACCGGGGUCACGGAACCGGCGGCGGCGGCGGCGGAGGCACCGGUGCCAUCUCCCCGGAACAGGUGCUCAGAUUGUUCGGUAACAGCGUCGCGGAACGACGUCAGGGCGAUCGUCGGUCCCCGGCGUCCAGCCCGGCCAGCGUGACGGCCGUUCGUGGCACGCCCGUUUCCGGUGGCUCGCAGCAGCAACAGCAGCAGCAAUCCCAGCAGUCGCAGCAGCAGCAGCAGCAGCAGCAGCAGCAACAGCAGCAGCAAACGAAUGCCGGAAAUCCGCCCACGUCGCCGAUCGCGCAGCCGCUCAGUCUGCAGGAGCUCACCGUAAGGACAAUCACCAUGACGAGAGAUCCGCCGGACUCUCACCAUGGCUUUGGCAUCUGCGUGAAGGGUGGCAAGGACGCAGGUGAGAUCCGAAGUACCUUCAGGCUACCCCCGUCGCCGUACUUCGUGCCUCGAGAACGAGAAGCGCAGUCAGGGGUGGGUGUCUACAUUUCGAGAGUGGAAGAGGGUUCGGUGGCCGAACGAGCUGGACUUAGGCCAGGAGACACGAUCUUGGAAGUUAACGGUACACCCUUUCGCGCGGUCACUCACGAGGAAGCCCUCAAAAUGCUGAAGUCCUGCAGGACCUUGAGCAUGACAGUGCGAGGGCCCGCGCUGGACCCUCGCUGUAGGGGCGGUCACCCCGUCUGGUCGUCGUCGGGUCGACCGCAGUCCUGCAGCUGGAUGGAUCGCCAAGGUCGUCCAGCGUCACCGCCACCGCUUCAUCCACCUCGCGAUGCCCGCUACGGUUGUCCGAGGACGCGAAAAGUUGAGUUGUGCAUCGAACCCGGCCAGUCCCUGGGCCUGAUGAUCCGGGGUGGUCUCGAAUACGGCCUCGGAAUUUACGUCACGGGCGUCGACAAGGACAGCGUCGCCGAUCGCGCCGGCCUUCUCGUGGGCGAUCAAAUAAUCGAGGUAAACGGACAAAAUUUCGAGGAAGCCACGCACGACGAAGCUGUGCAGAUAUUGAAGACCAACAAAAGGAUGAGUCUACUGAUACGCGAUGUCGGCAAAGUUCCACAUUCCUGUACCACCAGUCAACCUAUAGUAAUCCCGACCGCCCGAUAUCCCGAGCACGAUCCUUUGCUUCUAGAAAGUCCCGGGAAUCAUCGACCACCCAGUCCCGCGAGUAGCACAAACGAGUGGAGACAUCGAAGUGGCGUUCACACAGUUUCGGCAGCCACCGCCGCCAUGGUGGAGGAAAAGGCGAGGGUCGUCCUUGCCAGGAGCGAGCGAGCCGCGCUCUCUCAACUCCUGGCGGACUACAGAACGAGAAGGCUUACGAUAGAAGACCUGGUGGUCAGUCUGGCGGAUUUGCUCAACACUAACGAGAAGCUGACACUGCUGACGGAGCUCAGGGAGCUCGUCGACAACAAGGACAGAGCGGCCUUCGACGACCUCGUCUAUCGACCCCGAAUAGCGAUGGCCAGGAGAAAAGGCGACCGCGCUCACUCGGAUUUGAUAGUGACUCCCUCGCUACACGAUCUUCCGAGGGGUGUGUCCGGUGGUUGUUGCCGUCCGGGACGACUGGUGGACGUCGAGGGAGAUCCCCUAGGAGUGACGGGCCCUCUUCUACCGCGGGAUAACCAGGAGUAUAGAUCGCCGAGCGAGGACAGCGGUCUCGGGGCCGACAUGCCCAGGACCAGAGUGGGCUGCAGGAGGGCGCAGCAGCACCAAGUGACGACCUCCGACCUCGCCCUCUCCAACGAUGACGAGUGCGACAAUCAGGAUUACGAUGACGAGAUCGAAAACGGACGAGGUCGCAGACACAGUUCUCCGGGCGGAUCGCGAGGUAAUUCCAGGGAUUACGGCCAUCACCUGCACCCGGACAAUUUGGAAAGCGACGGGUGUUGCGAGGGUAGCGACGCCGAGAUGAUCGGUAACGGGAGACGCGGCGCUGGCGAUCGGGAUCGCGAUUUGGAGGAAGAUGACGAGCUCGAGAGCAGGGAGGAAAGGAGCUCGGAGAGUGGAGGUGGUGGGGGUUUCGGUGGUUGGAGAUCCCACUUGCUUGGUGGGCUAACGCAACGCGUCAAAUCCUGGUACUGGGGCGCCAGGCCCCUCGAGCUCGCGCACAAGCUCUCGCGGAGCUUUGACAUGCAGGAGGCGCAGCUGCUAGAGGAGGGUGGUUCCGGCGGCGGGCCCGCCGGAAGUGGAACCGCAGGGGGCCCGCCACGGCGGCAUCACAGUGUGCAGCGGCUGACCCGCAGCGAAAUGUCAGAGCGACGGGAGGAGGACGGCGCCCUGGUGGUGCCCGAUCAUCAGGGCAACCUGCGCAUCACCGUGAAAAAGACCAAAUCGAUUCUAGGCAUCGCCAUUGAAGGCGGCGCUAACACCAAGCAUCCACUGCCCCGGAUCAUCAACAUACACGACAAUGGAGCAGCUUACGAGGCUGGUGGCCUCGAAGUCGGCCAGCUCAUCCUUGAAGUCGAUGGUCAGAAAGUUGAAGGACUUCAUCAUCAAGAGGUCGCGCGAUUGAUCGCCGAAUCGUUCGCACGUCGCGAUCGCAAUGAGAUCGAGUUUCUGGUGGUCGAGGCGAAGAAGAGCAACUUGGAGCCGAAGCCGACGGCGCUUAUAUUCCUGGAAGCGUAGCAAGAAUCUCCCACCUCCGAGCCGGAACCACCCUAGCUCAGUCUGACGAAAGCUCGGCCAGCGGCGAAUCAGCUCGAUCGUCGUUGAAUCCGAUCGAGGCUUGAACCGAAAGACUAAUCAAAAGAAUCUCGAGGAGAGUCUCUCUUCUCCAUUCGGAUUGCCGAGCUUGUCGAUCAGCUGCUAACUGAUUAAUCUGGCCCUGGUGGUGGGAAUUCUACUUUACUUCACGAAGCAAAAAAUGUCGCGAGGCGAGAAGAGCGAAGAAGAAGAAGAAGAAGAAGAAGAAGAAGUCGCAAAGGAGGUCUGAACUGGCGUUGCCGCAGAUAUACCGAUAUUUCGACUUUCUUUGAUAGGCCGCUUUGAAAACCCGGAAUCUGUGCUAAACGAGACAAGAAAUCCUGGAAAUGUUCCUGGCAAGUCGUGUACUCGCUCGGACUUUUUCUGCCCUCGCGAUUGACUGAAGAUCGCGCGCGAAAUCGGCAUAAAACUAACCGCGCGAAGAAGAGUUACCUUAUUGUGUAUAUAUACAUACAUACCGCUAUUGUACAUAUUCUUACAACAGACAGUUCGAUAGAAGAAGCAAAUAGUCAUAUGUAUCACGAGGGAAACUGGUGAAAUCCGAGGAUUCCCGGCAACGCCGGUCCCGAUCUCGAAUCGGAACUGUUCACCAAAUCAAUUGCGCGAUCAUCGUCGCGAUGCAGCUCGGUAAAGCGAAACGCGAGUGCAUUGGUAAUUUUUUCGCAAGACCUCGAAGAGAUAAAGGAAGGAAGAAAUAUCACAUAUAUUUUAUUUUUCAUCGUCGAGGAUUAAAAAAAGAAGCGAAGGAUCGUGCAAUGUGCCAAACUAAUUAACACGAGCCGUAUAUACUAAUAAAGCUAUAAUCGAUAAGAGAUUGAUUUGGAGAGAAAAAGGAGAGGGAGAAGGAGAAAAACUUUGGAAGAAACGCGUGAUGUGAUAUGUCACGCGCGAUUGGCAAAAUGUGCAAGAAAAUGCAACGAGAGAGAGUGCGGACCUACAUGCUCAUAGUGUAGCUGCGUGAAUGAUUACCUCACAGAUACACUCAUAGACAAACAUACACACAUACACAACACUAACGUUUAACACGAAUAUUAUAAUUGCGCGAAAUCCGAGUUUCGAUGGCGGAAAUUCGUGUCGAUUCGAGUCGAGAUUAAUAAUCUCGCGACGUUGAUUAUAUAUAUAAUUAUGAGAGUUAUGGCAGACAUUUGUAUCCAAAAGGUAGAAGGGUGCAAGUCUGGAAGUCCUACUUCAAGAGAAGUUUGGAAAGUUUGGAAAGUUCGGAAAUUAAGUCAAGAAAAAUUGAAUUACAUUAAAUCAAAUACCAAAAAUGAAAUAGAUACAAAAUUUGCGUUCUCGAUUUAAGAUUUUUUUGUUUUUCGAACAAAUAGAUAAUAUAUCAAAUUUUAGCAGUUUUUAACUUUAAUAAUUUAUUUCUGAUAAUUUUGGACUUGCUUCUUUCUGCUUCCUGGAUACGAUUAAGUAGAUCAAGAUUCUCGUUAAUUCGAAUGAUUAGGUGUCAUUCGGCUGGUUCUCGAAAUUGCGCCUAAUAACGCUUAGUAGUCUGUUAAAUGUUACUGUAUAGAUUAAAGUUGAUAUAGUUGAUAGACGUUGAUUCGUCGUUAGGACGUUACGCGUUGUUCGUUUAUUGCGUUGUCAGUUGUGUGUUAGACAAUUUUUCCUCUCUCGGGCACGCGAUAUAUUUGUGAAUAAACGCAUACAAUUUAAUCUAAUUUGGCGUAAUUUAUCAAAUUAAAAUUUCUUGAAAUUAAAUGAACAAUAAGAUACAUUCUGUUAUAUCUAUCUCUAUUUGCUGAGAUUAAUUUGUCAACACUGAUUAAUUUUCUUAUUGAAAAAUCUACAUUUCUAAAUUGUCAUUUCCCUAGUUUGAAUAUUUAUGGCCACAAAAUUGCAUUGCUAACAAAAAUAAAAAUUGAUAUUCAAUAAAAAUAAAAAUGGAAAAGAUGAGUAAUUUUUAUAGAUCUUGUAUGCGUGACAGAUAUAUCUCGCGAUCCGAGAAGGGAUUAAUAAUAAUAUUUUUUUGACUGUCGAGUAUAGCCGAAAUACGUCGAUGAUCGUCAUCGAAACGGAAUUAACGACGAUCUUGAUCGAGAUCGAAAUGAUUGUUACAUUGCGGACGUUGUUAAGGCUUAAAAGAAGUAUAUUACUCACGUACACACUAUGUACACACAUAUUUAUAUAUACAUGUACAUAUAAGUAUUAUGGUAUGAAAAAUUACCGUAGUGGAAUUGCAAAUCGUACCUAUCUACUAGGCGUCUCAAGCGUCUCGCGCCGAAAGGAAAAUAAUUUAAAAAUAAAAAUAAAAUUUAAAAAUAAUAAAAAAGCGUACACGCGCGGUAUUUUCAAAGAGAAACUAUAAAAAAUUAGAGGUGCAUGCAACAUAGUAAGGGCCUGAUCGAGUUCGAGUUUAAGCGAAGAGAAAUCGCGGACGAUCCUGAGAAACGAGGAAAAGGUUCCUAGAUAUCAAAUUUAUCAUCUUAGGAAAAAAUGUGCAUUCACACAAAUAAAAUAAAAAAUAUAGCUUUCGUCUU